AUGGCCUUUAUCUGGAAGUUUUUCUAUGCAUUAUUUGCAUUGCUGUUUCUGUUACAUACGACUUUCAGUUUGGCUAAAGGAGCAAAGUGCGUAGAGAAUGAGAGAAAAGCUUUACUCUUAUUCAAACAAGGAAUCCUGCAAGACGACUCUGGAAUGUUAUCAACCUGGAGAGAUGGAGAUCAUGAAGACUGCUGCAACUGGAAAGGAGUUCAUUGCAGUAAUGAAACAGGUCACAUUCAAUUCCUUAAUCUUGGCGGUUCGUUUUCUUUGAGUGGUAAAAUUAAUAUUACUUCAUUGAGUGAAUUGCAUGAUAUGGAAUAUUUGGAUCUCAAUGGCAAUGAUUUCUAUCCAAGUGAAAUCCCAGAGUCCAUAGGGUCCUUUACCAAGUUACGAUAUCUUGAUCUCUCUUCUUCUGGUUUUGUUGGCACUAUUCCUUAUCAAUUGGGAAAGCUUUCAAAUUUAGUAUGUCUUGAUUUGAGUACCAAUAUAUUGGUUGGAGAUAUCCCUUGGACGAUUGGAAACCUUUCAAAGCUGCAACAUCUCUAUCUUGGAGAUAAUUCUCUUGGUGGAGUGAUCCCUUUCCAGCUCGGGAAUCUUUCCAUGGUGCAAACACUAGAGCUUCGUGGUAAUUCUCAUCUCACAUUUGAUCAGCAGAACAAUCAUGAUGCAAAGUGGCUAUCUAAGCUUUCUUCGCUAUCAAGUCUUGACUUGAGUUCUCUGAGUGAUGUUGGCUAUUCUCAUCUCUGGCUACAAUUGAUUGGUGAACUGUCAAAACUUAGAGUUUUGCGACUAAGUGGAUGUGGCAUUUCUUAUACCCAUAAUCCUUCUUCAACUACUUAUCCUUCAAACUAUUCCUCUUCUCUUGUUAUCCUUGAUCUCUCUAAUAAUAACUUGAACUCAACAACAUUUCAAUGGCCCUUCAAUUUGAGCUCCAACCUUCAAGAGUUAUAUCUAAGUUAUUGUAAUCUUUCAAGUACUGAUCUUCAUUUUAUAUUUUCCAAUUUUCAGCUUUCUUCCCUCAUCAUCCUUGACCUUUCUUACAAUAACCUGAUGUCACUAACGGCACUGAACUUCAGCUCAAAUCUGCAAGUGCUUAAUUUGCAAAAGUGUAGCCUUUUAUCUGAUAAUCUUAUUUUUACACCUUUCAAUCCCAAUCUUACUUCUCUUGUCCAUCUCGAUUUUUCUGAUAAUUUGUUGACGUCAUCAUCCAUAUUCCAUUGCAUUUCUAACUUCACCUUUAAUCUUCAUGAGAUUGGACUUUAUCAAAACUUGCUGGAGGGUCCCAUUCCAGAAGGUUUUGGAAACAUAAUGAACUCUCUAGAAGUCCUUAAUCUCUCUCAAAAUAAGCUACGUGGUGAAAUACCAACAUCACUGGGGAAUAUAUGCACUUUGAAUCACUUGGAUCUUUCACAAAAUAACUUUGGUGGGGAGCUUUCAAGUUUCAUCCAAAACACUUCCCUGUGCAAUAGUCAUCAGCUACGGUCACUGGAUUUAUCUGACAAUCAAAUAAAGGGCAUGUCAACCAAUUUCUCUGUUUUCUCCUUUUUGGAACAUUUAGAUCUCUCUUACAACCAAUUAAAAGGAGAAGUACCUGAAAGCAUCAAAUUGCUAUCUCAAUUGAAUGCUUUGUUGCUGAACGGGAACAAUUUAGGAGGUGUAAUAACUGAAUCUCAUUUCAACAAGCUCUCUAAUUUGAAGAGGUUAUCACUAUCUGGCAAUUCAUUAGCCCUACAAAUUAGCACUGGAUGGAUUGCCCCAUUUCAGUUGCAACAGUUGGAAAUGGGUUCUUGUAUGUUGGGUCCUUAUUUUCCUAAUUGGCUCCAUAAUCAACACGAGUUAAAGACAUUGGAUAUUUCUAAUUGUGGGCUUUCAGGUUUCAUACCAGAAUGGUUUUGGCAUCUAAUACAAGAUGUGGAUGAAGUUCGUAUCUCACAAAACAAUUUUUUUGGUGAAAUUCCAAAUUUAUCAUUGAAGCUCAGUACUAGCCGACUAACAUUGACAUCAAACAACUUUGAAGGUACGGUUCCAUCAUUUUUUUCACAAGUACCAGCACUUGAUCUUUCAGAAAACAAAUUCUCAAAUUUGGUCCCACUUCUAUGUGAUCAAAUUGAAGACAAUAAAGGCCUGAGCAUUUUAGACAUAUCAAACAAUAAAUUAGAGGGGCAUCUACCUGAUUGUUGGAGCCAUUUGAGCUCAUUAAAGUUUGUUGAUUUGAGCAAUAAUAACUUGUCCGGAGUGAUGCCAACCUCUAUGGGACGACUUGUGAAAUUGGAGGCUUUGGCUUUAAGAAGCAACAACCUAGUUGGAGAACUUCCUUUUUCUUUGACAAAUUGCUCCCGGUUAUUGCUCUUAGAUGUGUCUGAAAAUAAGUUGUUAGGGUCAAUACCUUCAUGGAUUGGAGAAAACCUUGGACAAUUACAAGUUCUAAGCUUAAGAAUGAAUAAUCUAUAUGGCAGAAUACCUUUGCAUCUUUGCCGCUUAGGCUAUAUUCGGCUCUUGGACCUAUCUCAUAACAAUUUGUCCAAUGAAAUCCCAUCAUGUCUUAAAAAUUUUACUGCUUUGGCAGAUGAUGACCGCAUCAACUUACCUAUUGCAGUAAGUUAUCACUUAUUUGGGCUCGGUAUGAAAGGCUGGAGACUUACCGGUUUUGGUUUUGUAUUCCAUGUAAACUUGACAUGGAAGGGUAAAGAUGACUUGUUCAAGAGGCCAGAACAAUUUCUUAAAAGCAUUGAUCUAUCUAACAAUGCUCUUACUGGUGAAAUACCUAAAGAAGUUGUAUCUUUAUUGGGAUUGGUUUCUUUGAAUCUAUCCAGAAACAAAUUAAGUGGAAAAAUUCCUCAUGAGAUUGGAAAUCUAGGAUCAUUAGAAUUCUUAGAUUUGUCAAGAAACAGAUUAUCAGGUCCAAUCCCUCCAAGUCUUGCUCAUAUUGAUCGCCUAAGUGUAUUAGACUUGUCAAACAAUUGUCUUUAUGGAAAAAUCCCAAAAGGUACACAAUUGCAGAGUUUUAAUGCCUCAAGCUAUGAGGGAAAUCUUGAUCUUUGUGGAGUGCCACUUGACAAAAAGUGCCUUGAUGAUGGAAUGCCUACACCUCACGCAUCUAAUCAUUAUGAAGAUAAUGACAACGACUCAUAUUUCACUCAAGAAUUUCACUUGAGCUUGGGAUUGGGAUUUGCUUUUGGAUUUUGGGCCUUCCUCGGGCCAUUGCUCUUCCAUCGCACUUGGAGACGGACCUACUAUACAUUUGUAAGAAGAGUUACAGAUAGAGUCCAGAUCUUGAUGGCCAUUUUUGUGGCAAGGUACCUCACAAACAGAUAG